AUGAGCAAUCCUCCGCGCUACAGCCAGCGGCACUUCAACUGGGGUGAGCCUGUCGCCGCCGACGGCUCCACCCCACUGGACAUUCUGAUGAAGUGGCUUCGUGACAACCGAGAUUCAGUUCGGGAUACGUCCAACUUGUUCGAGGCGGUGAAAAAUCUCUGUUUGCAGCUAAACCACUGCGGUUUCCGGUGCACCGUGGACAACAUUAUACGCUGCCUGACCAUGACAGCUUGGAUGCACCGAGAGGAAGGUACGGGGGUCCUCCUGUUCGACGAUGACCUGUAUGAUCAGUAUUUCGAUGGACAGCACGCGAAUCGUGAGCGCAGUCAUCGCGAGAAGCACAUGCGCACGCGCCUUGAAUAG